AAUGUCUAAUCAAAAUGAUCAACAUAACCAAAUAGAAGAACAUAUCCUUAAAUAAUUUGAUAUCUAGGAUUUUAAAGGUAAAGGAGCUUAUGGAAUAGUUUGGAAGGCUAUUGAUAAACAAACUAAACAAUAAGUAGCAUUAAAAAAGGUUGUUACUCAUAAUAUUUAUUAUAGGUUUUUGAUGCUUUCUAGAAUUAAACAGAUGCAUAAAGAACAUUCAGAGAAGUUUGCUUUUUAUAAUAAUUAACAGAUCAUGAAAACAUUGUUAAAUUAUUAAAAGUAAUUCAAGCUGAAAACUAGAAAGAUUUAUAUAUGGUGUUUGAAUAUAUGGAAACUGAUUUACAUAAAGUAAUCAGAGCAGGUUUGUUAAGUCCUUUACAUAUGCAAUAUAUAAUAUAUUAGUUGUUAAAAUGCUUAAAAUUUAUACAUUCUGGAGAAUUAAUUCAUAGAGACUUGAAACCUUCAAAUUUAUUAAUAGAUUCUGAUUGUAAAGUAAAAGUAGCUGAUUUUGGAUUAGCUCGUAGUGUUGCUUAGUCUGAAAAUUAAUAUGGUAUAUUAUUAUAUUCUAUAAUCUUAUUAGAAAUGCCAAUAAUGACAGAAUAUGUUGCUACAAGAUGGUAUAGAGCCCCAGAAAUUUUGUUAGGAUCUCAUCAUUAUUCAAAAUCUGUAGAUAUGUGGAGUGUUGGUUGUAUACUUGGUGAAAUGAUAUUGGGCAAAGCAAUCUUUUCUGGAGCAUCAACAUUGAAUUAAAUAGAAAAAAUUAUAGAAUUAAUUGGAAGACCAAAAUAAGAAGAUCUAGAACUAAUUAAUGCACCCUUGGCUUAAUAAGUUUUAGAUGGAAUCUCAAUGUAAAAAAGGAAAAGUUUUGCAGGAUUCUUCCCUAAUGCAUCUCCUGACUUCAUUGAUUUUAUUAGAUAAUGUUUAAAUUGGAAUCCUUAAAAAAGAAUGACCAUAGAUGAAGCAUUGAAACACUAAUUAAUGAAAGAGUUUGCCAAUACAGAAGAUGAAAAAACAUUGAAAUCAAUAAUUAAAAUACCUUUUAAUGAGAAUAAAAAGCUUACUAUUAAAGAUUAUAGAGAUAAAAUAACUUUAAAUUGUGAAUAAAUUCUACAAGAAAUUGAAUAAAAUACAUUUGAUAAAGACAUUACCAAACAAUAUUUAUCUACACCUUAAAGUUUUGCUACUUAUAUGAAUAAUUAUGAAUAAAAACAAAAACACAAUGUUCCUAAUUAUCAAGCCUCUCAACCUGUUGAUAAGCCCAAGAAAAUAGAAUCCUUUUAUAAGCCUGAUGCUGUUAAUGCCUAUACAUCUUAAAAGAAGUCUGAUUAUUCUCCUACUUUAAAACCAACUAUGCCAUCUAAUCCUUAGAAUUUUAAUCAAAAUUUAAUUCAAUAAAAAUAUAAUUCAAAUUAAAAUUAAACAUACAAUUAAGGUUUAAGAAAGACUUAUACUAAUAUUGUAAAUAGACCUCAUAAUGAUAUUAAUAAGAGUCCAGAGAUAAAGAAAAAAACAGAAAAUAUUAUCACAAAUGUAACAAAGUCUUAUUCUUUUCAUGGAGAACCUUAUGAUAGACGAAUGAAUAAUGCAAGUUUUAGUACUUAAAAUAAGAAUGAAAAUAAACCAUCAACUUCAGUUAGUUAUGUUAGACCUGUUCAAGUAUAAUAGUUAUCAAAUUACACUACAGCAUAGAAUUUUUCUUAAUAAAAAGAAAUGUUAAGACCUAAAGAUCCUAUCAUGAUAACCUAAGCAUAAAGAAGUAAAUCAUUUGAAAAAUCACCCAUAAACAUUAAUCCAACAAGUCCAUAUCAAAGAUAAAAAACAGAAGUUCCAAAACCUAAAUUUAUUCCAUAAAGUAAUAAUAUUAAUUUUAUUUUAGGUAAUAUUAAUAGUAGUGUAUCUUAAGUGUAAAAAUUAUUAUAGAAAUGCUGUUAAGUUUAGAAUUAUCAAUAACAUAAAAAAACUUCAAGUGCAAUUGAUCCAACAAAAUAAUAACCACAAUAGAUUUAAUAAACUAUUAAUUACAAUUAUUUUGAUAUAAGAAACUCAAAAUUUAUGUGA